CGAAGUUUUUAUGAUGCGUUCAACUACUGCAGAUGCAACAAUUGAGUGCUUACGAGAUGUUUUCGCUCGUUUUGGGUUCCCUGAGACAAUCGUGUCGGAUAACGGCCCACAGUUCACGUCAGAGGAGUUCAAGCAGUUUGUAAGGGAGAUGGGUUGCCGACACGUGCAAACAGCCCCCUACAAUCCCAGCACCAAUGGACUUGCGGAGCGUUUCGUACAGACCCUGAAGAACGCGCUAAAAAAGGAUGACGUGCAUCAACCUAUGAAGGUAAAGCUCAACAAGUUUCUGCUCGCUUAUCGCAACACGCCCCACGCUACGACACACGAGGCACCAGCCAACUUGUUGUUGGGGCGACGUUUGCGCACCCGCCUCGAUGUACUCAAACCCGCCGUGGGGGAAAGGGUGGCUUACAAUCAGUUCAGACAGACGGUGAACCGACAGUGUCGUGUGCGUGACGUGAGUGUUGGUGAUCAUGUACUUGCACGAAAUUACAGGGGACAGCCCAAAUGGGUACCAGCUGUGGUGAUGGCUCAAAGUGGACCAGUGUCUUUCAGGGUACGAGCGUCGACAUCUUCAGGAUGCUUCGAGUGGCGGCGCCACAAGAACCAGCUACUUCAAGGCACGGCAGGGCUUGCCGAAGACGUCGCGCAAGACGACGGUUUCUCCGUGUGGCCACAGAGUGACACCGAACCGGAGCCAGCACCUUCAUUGCCUGCAGCUAGGGUUUCGCCUUCACCACCGACGUUGCUGACAGACACUUCUCGAGGCGACCUGGAUCGGCGCUACCCGCUACGAAAUCGCCGACCGCCUGAUUGGUUCUGAGAGGGAACGUGAACUAUUAGCUUCCGAAUAAAAGCAGAGGAAGUGUGGUGUUCGCGAUAGCACACCUGAUAACCGAACUGUCGUUAGUGCGCAUGCGCCCACUAGUGCUUAAAUGGUAACGCUCAAAGCACUGUCCUCCAGUCCCGUGAUGUAACCCCAGUCGUACGCUUCGGCAAUAAACGCUGUUGUUUGCCCGUUGGACCCUUGGC